GUGUGCAAAAGGAAGCUUGAAAGUAAAAAGGAGGCGUUGUUAAUCCUUUCCAAAGAGCUGGACACCUGUCAACAAGAGAGAGACCAGUACAAGCUUAUGGCUAACCAGUUGCGGGAACGACACCAGUCUCUGAAAAAGAAGUACCGGGAGCUGAUUGAUGGGGAUCCAUCCCUUCCGCCUGAAAAGAGGAAACAGGCAAAUCUUGCUCAGCUACUGAGUGAGGCUCAAGAUCGAAAUAAGCAUCUUGGAGAAGAGAUUAGAGAGCUUCAGCAGAGGCUGGGAGAAGUACAAGGAGACAAUAAGCUCCUGCGAAUGACAAUAGCAAAGCAAAGACUUGGAGAUGAUGAAGUUGGGGCUCGACACUUUGCAGCACAUGAACGGGAGGACCUUGUUCAGCAACUGGAGAAGGCUCGAGAACAAAUGGAGACUCUGAGGUAUGAUCUUCAGGCUGCACUGGAUGAGUUACAGGAUGUGAAGGAGGAACGCUCUUUUUACCAAGAUAAGUCUGACAGGCUAAACCAAGAACUUAAUCAUGUCUUAGGAGGGCACGAAAACCGUAUCAUCGAUGUCGAUGCAUUGUGUAUGGAGAACAGCUAUCUUCAGGAGAGAUUAAAACAACUUCAAGAGGAAGUCAACCUUCUUAAGUCUAAUAUUACUAAAUACAAGAAUGCACUAGAGAGACGAAAAAAUUCAAAGACUCAUAGUAGAUCCAGUAGCAGUGCUCUGACUGGAGUCCUGUCUGCAAAGCAAGUCCGCGAGUUGUUGUCGGAGGAUCAUGGAUGUAGCCUACCAGCCACACCACAGUCCAUUUCAGAUCUCAAAUCACUGGCCACUGCAUUGCUGGAAACUAUUCAUGAAAAAAACAUGGUCAUACAACACCAAAGGCAAACCAACAAAAUUCUAGGUAAUCGAGUGGCAGAACUAGAAAAGAAAUUAAGGACUUUGGAAAUUGCUGGCUUGUGGAGUCUUCCAGGUGGGAAGGAUACCAUAACAUUCAGUGACCCAGCCUUGCCUGUUAUACAGCAGUCCAGGUCGCCCUUUGUAGCGUUUACUGAUAAGCCACAGCAACCUGAAGUACAAGGUGAGCACCUGGAACAACAGAAGGCAGAACAUGAUGAAGCUGUUGCAAGUGAGUCCCUGUCUCCAGAGGGAACAAACUUAAAUAACAGAAAACAAAAUAAACAUUUUUAUCCUUCAUUACCCCAGCUACCUUCCGAGGAAGAAGAAAUAAACAGGCUUGGAAGUCAGAUAAUUAAACUGACAGAGCAGGCAGUUGCUGAACUGGAAGGGAAAAGAGCAGGCACGUCGGCAGGGGAGCCGAACACGCUGGUUGGGACAGAGCUUAAUGGCUCUUCUGAGGGAGAGUUUCCACUUUCCCGCCCUGACUCAUCCGACCCCACAGAUCCCUCAAACUCGGAGAACGAACAAGCAGCUGAAACUGAGGCCCUGAAAUACAAUGGCAAAACCUCAGAGAGUGAUAUUGAAAUUUCACAUGAAAAAGUGGAUCGAAAUAGCAGCACCGUGGAUGUGGUGCAUAUUGAGGACCCUGGAAGCUCACCUUAUGAAAAUACAAGGACUUACUUCACCAGAUACCGAGAACCCAAUUUCACGAAGCUCUGA